CUGCACCGCUUCCGGGUGGCCGCGGAGUUUUGCCGCCGGGUGACGGCGGUGACAGAAACUGGCGGGGAGAUGCCGGAGAUCGCCCUCCGACAUGUGGUGUCCGCCAGCAGCUCCGACACGACGCACUGCGCCGAGAAUCUGCUCAAGCCUGACACUUACCGCAAAUGGAAAGCCGCCCAGCCUGGUGAGAAGCAAGUCUCGGCCAUAUUACAGUUUGAAAAGGAGGAGCAGAUUCACAGCGUCGACAUCGGCAACGAAGGCUCCGCGUUUGUGGAAGUGCUGGUCGGCAGCUCCGCCUCCCCCAGCGAGCAGAACUAUGAGGUCCUGCUGGUCACGUCUUCCUUCCUGUCCCCCUCGGAGAGCAAGAGUGGCACCAACCUGAACAGAGUUCGAAUGUUUGGACCCGACAAGCUGGUGAAGGCCACGGCUGAGAAGAAGUGGGACCGGGUGAAAAUCGUCUGCACCCAGCCCUACAACAAGUCCUUGGCCUAUGGCCUCUCCUUUGUGAGGUUCCACUCUCCGCCCGAAAACAACGAAGUUCAUUCCAAAACAUCAUCCCCAAAGAUGACCAAGCUGGGCCAGUUCAAGGUGAAGGAUGAGGACAGCAACUCUGCCUCUCUGAAGCCCGGAGCUCUCUUCUUCAGCCGGGCCAGCAAACCCCUGGCCUCCCCACAAAAAGCGUCCCAGAAUAACCAGCCCUCGCCCAGCUACGCCGCUGCCUCCCUGCAAAGCAGCGGGUCCAGUACCCCGGACCUGGCCCCAUCAACUGCGGAGAAGCCCGCCCCCAAAGCCCCACCCAAGGAGCCCACCCCGGUCAAGAGGAAGUUCGAGUUCAGCAAGGAAAACGCCCCUCUCCCCUCCGUGCCCAAGAAGGCUGACCCCGACAGCCCCCGCCCUGCGCACCCACCCCCCAAGAAACACAAAGCAUCUCCUUCCGCCCCAUCCAAGACGCCACCUUCCAAGAAGCCCCCCCAAGCACAGCCUGCGGAGGGCUCAUCGGAAGGACCCCUCCAGCAUCUCCUUCAGGGCACCGUCUUCGUGCUGAGCGGCUUCCAGAACCCCUUCCGCUCGGAGCUGCGGGACAAAGCCCUGGAGCUGGGGGCCAAGUACCGGCCGGACUGGACCCCCGACAGCACCCACCUCAUCUGUGCCUUUGCCAACACGCCCAAGUACAGCCACGUGAAAGGGCUGGGGGGCACCAUCGUGCGCAAGGAGUGGAUCCUGGACUGUUACCGCACGCGCCGGCGCCUGCCCUGCAAGCGCUACCUGAUGGGCAGCCCCGAAUCAUCCAGCAGUGAGCAAGAGGAAGACAGUGAAGACAGCAGUCCCGCCCGGCACCGGAAACCCCUUCCUCAUCGGCAGAAAGCCAGCCUCCCCAGCUCCAACCACAAACCCAAGACGCCGAGCAGCCCUCAAGCAGCCCGGCCCGUGCAGAAGAAGGCGACCUCCGGAGAGGAGGAGGAGGAGCCCAGCACUUCGCGGAACAGCAGUGUCCACAACAACUCGCGGGCGCCGGAGGCUGACUCUGCGACUUCCAGUGACGACAGAGAGCCCUCGGGUGUUCGAGACAACGAGGAAGAAGAGGGCGACACAGACGACGAGCUGAGAAGAGUCGAAGAGGAGCACCGCAAAAAGCAGCAAGGCGGGCAGGGGGCUGCUCCAGAGCCGGAGGAUGACCCGUACGGCGGCACCACCGACGAGAACACCGACGUGGAGGAGAAGGGGGAGCCGGAUCAGCCAAUCCCUGAGCUGCCAGACCUGUUUGGGGGCAAGCACUUCUUCCUCUACGGCAAAUUCCCUUCUCCAGAGCGGCGCCUCCUGAAUCGCUACAUCACGGCUUUUAACGGGGAGGUGGAAGACUACAUGAACGAAAGGGUGAACUACGUGAUCACGGCUCAGGAAUGGGACGACACCUUCGAGGAGGCUCUGAAUGAGAAUGCCAACCUCUCCUUUGUGCGCCCCCGCUGGAUCUACAACUGCAACGAGCGGCAGAAGCUCAUCCCCCACCAGCCGUACGUCGUGGUCCCGCGAGCGUAAGAGGAGGUCCUCCCGCCGGCUCAUCUAUGUAUAUAUCAUUUUACACCACCGCAUACAGAAG